GAACGGGGCAGCCAGACGCUUCCACCGAGACCGAGCGGGCGAGCAGCCGCCAGCCACCCGUAUGGCCGGUGCUGCUUCUGCGGCGCGGUGCAGCCACACGAUAAAAACCCGUCCCGUUUCAAACCAACCAGACUACGCCUACGAGGCUACGCGGCCACGUCCGCACCAAAAAAGCGAGCCAUGGCGGCCACGAGCUCCGCGGCGGCAGUAGCGCUCGUCUCCCUCCCCUUCCCCACCUCGACCUCCUCCUCUUCCCGCGUCUCCGCCCGAAGCCACCGCAAUCCUAGUCCUAGGCCCUUCAGUGUCUCCCCCAUCAGAUGCUCCAGCGCGUCGCCGAACCUGUCGGCGGGCGCUCCAGCGCUGGCGCCGACGAAGCCCCAGAUCGAGCUCGAGUUCGUCGGGCCAGGUGCGGACGGUUCCUACCCGGUUGACCGGGCAGCGGCGGCGAGCGGCGAGAAGCUCCUCCGGAACGUCAUGAACGAUAACAGGAUCGAGCUCUACGCGGCUUACGGUAAGGUGAUGAACUGCGGUGGCGGGGGCAGCUGCGGCACUUGCAUCGUCGAGAUAAUUGAUGGGAAGGAGCUCCUGAAUGAAAGGACAAACACCGAGAAUCGGUACCUGAAGAAGGUAGCCGGUGUUCAUUUCACUCAAUUGGCCAAUGCUGCUUCUGUGCCUCUUUUCUCCGUUGGGAUUCACAUACAAAAAAAGUUGUUGUCGUCCAACGGCUGCCCCAGUGGAAGAAAUGAUCGUGCUCCGACUACCUGCCACGCACUGCUCCACAGAGAAGCUGAGAAGCAUUGCCUCAUCGAUUGUGACAAUUAUGUGAUAGUUUGCAAGUUUGAUGGUACCUAGCUGUAACAUAUGUUUGCCAGGUUAAUUCACAUGUACAUGUUAGUGCUAGACUUUUCCAAUGAGAAAGAUGAAGACAACACGAUAUUACAGCCUUCACUGUGUGGAAUUCUUUUCUGCUUUCUCCUUGGGAGUUGGAAUGAAUAUAUGACUUCUUAGCAUGAA